AUUUACUUCACAUCCUGUCUUCUUUGGUUUUAUAAACGUUUGAAAAUAACUGGUCAUCAACGGUGGUCUGGGACUAUUAGUUAAAAAGUCGCUGCCGUUUUUAAAGUCACUUGAAAUUCAACAGUCGCGCCUGAUAAAGGACGUCUGCCGGAGAUAAAGUUUGGUUUUGUUCAAAGUUCUUUGUUGUGGUGGAAUACCGACUACCGAUCAACCAUGGAAGUUGAAACUAAAUCCACUGAAAUCCGCUGCCAAGAGAUGUCGAAGGGAGGUCUGGCGUACGAGGUGAUCCUCGCGGAGCCGGUGGGAGUGCCGGCGCCGCGCCGCGCCGACUCGCCCGAAAAGACGCCUUCAGUCGAGGAGAUCCAGGAGAAACUUAAGGCUGCAGAGGAGAGGAGACGUAGCUUGGAGGCGAGCAAGAUGGCCGCGAUCGCGCAGAAGAUGCAGAAGAUCGAGGAGGCGUCGCGCAUCCGCAUGGAGCAGACCAACAGCUUCAUCGUCAACACCAAGGAGGCGCUGGACGCCAAGAUGGAGACGCAUGAAGAGAAGCGCGAGGCUUACAUCAACGAGCUGCGCGCGCGCCUCAAGGACCACCUCGAGGGCGUCGAGAAGACCAGAUUGACGCUGGAGCAGCAGACGGCGGAGGUGUACAAGGCGAUCGAGGACAAGAUGGCGACGGCCGCCGACAAGCGCGACGAGAACAUCAAGAAGAUGCUCGAGCGUCUGCGGGAACAUGAGGAGCAGGUGCGCAAGGUGCGCGCGGGCAACCAGGAGCGGUUCACGGCACUGGAGAGCGCCAUCCAGGAGAAGCUGCAGCAGGCCGCCGGCCGCCGCCUGCUGCUCGAGGCCGAGCAGAAGGAGAAGCUGCGCAACUACAACUCUAAGCUCAUGGAGGUGCGGUCUGCGGCGACGGCCAAGGUGGAAGAAAUCACGAAGGAAAUUGAGACUAAGCUGACGGCUGCUGAGAUUAACCGCGAGAAGGAAAUGCAAAGGAAACUCGACUUUGUCAAGAAGGAGGAGCGACGCGCGGAGCUGGUGCGACAGAACAAGAGCGCGCGCGCAGACACCGACACGCACGCACACGCCGCCGCCUAGACACAACACACACCACCACGCACCGGGAGCGCGGCCGUUGGACGAUUAGCUACCUUUAGGGCCAAUACAGCUACGCUCUAGGAACUAAGUUAGGCCGAGUCAAGUCAAAACCAACUUAUUAAAACACCCCUGCCACCCAAACACGUGACAAUGAAAUCCGUACGCUCUAGGAACUAAGUUAGGCCGAGUCAAGUCAAAACAUUUGGCGUGCUAUUGAGCCACGCAAAACUGCACCCCCAACUGCUACGGUUUUCAAAUGAUGUUUCAAAAUGACCAAAGUAGUCUUGUCUUAGAUCUGAGACAAAGCAGUUGACAGAGGUUGCACAGAUAUGAGACAAAGCAUAGGAGAGGUUAAAACACCCUUUGGCACGUGACAAUGAAAUCCGUUGUUAAUGAAAAACAUUUCUAUUACACGACGUGAAACGAGAGGGCUCCUCCGAAACGCUGUUUGCGUGGUUUUGGGUCUAUCUGACUCCUUCGCUCAUACUUUGCGUGAGAGGGAUGGCGAAGGGGCUAUUCCGAAACGCUGUUUAUGUAGUUUCGGGUCUAUCUGUCUCCUUCGCUCAUACUUUGCGUGAGAGGGAUGGCGAAGGGGCUAUUCCGAAACGCUGUUUAUGUAGUUUCGGGUCUAUCUGUCUCCUUCGCUCAUACUUUGCGCGAAAGGGAUGGCAACUUUCAAAACUUCGGAUAGCGUUUUUCGGAGUAACCCCCUAGUUGACAGCAUUGUAUCGGUGGUUUAAACUUGACUCUGCUUAUAUUUUGAAGGUUGCUUGUAUUGGCCCCAAAACCGACAUCUACGCUUUUGAGUCCUAAGCAUUCGCCCAACUACUCACCCCGACGCUGACCAAAGUAAAGGGAGAUAACACUUAAUUUUCGUAAAAGGUUUCGGAAUGUCGAAUGCACAAAUGCCUAUGAAUAGAAAAAGUAAUUUUAAACGUACACAAUGAAGACUGUAUCUUUGAGGUCUGACUGCAAGCAUCCGGAAUGAUUCCGGAAUAUUACGGAAACUUACGACACACCCAGGAAUGAGGAUACAAUCUGUCACUUAUAAAAUUUGAAGAUUCUGGAUGCUAGAAGUCCGCGCCUUAUACCGCUCCAAUGUAUGUCGUAUCUUCCGUAAAAUCUCUGUUCGAGUUGCCCUAGCUAGAUUGAUGUAUAAACUCUUCCGUUAUCUUCCAAAUGUCUGUGUAGUUGUGCUGAUUGGUAAUUUUAUAUAUUUUAAACAAAUCGAACAAGCACCAUUUUCAUAAAUUAAAAACCAAAUUACCAGUGAGCACAACAAGUAUCAAAGUACAAAAUGUUUCGCACACUCGAUGUAACGAAGUAGAAAAUAUGCGUUGUAGUUGAAAAUCGAGUAGUUAAAAUACGAAAACUCGAGUUGGUAGAUGUUUUUAUCGGGGAUUCGUUGAUUUAUCGAGCGCUUUAGAUUGACAAAGGAUAUCACUUUUAUAGACGGGACGAUGGCCUUAUGGGCAUUUUAUAUGGAUUCUAAGAUUUAGGUGGUUUUCGAUACAGAAACGGGUCCCGGUAAAGAUGUCUACUGGAGGUAUUUUUUGUGGCGUUGUUUGGCGGCCUGCGGAUCUCUGGUGAGUGUGUGAGGCGCUUACUUGCAAGCGUCGCGCGGACACGGAACAAUAUUGUGAUAGGCGGCCCUGCUGAACACCGGAUUUGCCAGCGUGUGGAAAACACUUUCACUGUGAAUUUUAUGACUAGCAGGAUUUGAUUCAAAUUCGCUCGAUGCUUAUUUGUCAGAGGACACUAGAACA